AUGCGCUAUUUGACUUCUGAUCUUCAUUCUUCUCGUAUCAUCACGCAAUUGACUGAAAGCAAAGGAUAUCCAUGGAAAGAAUACAAAGUGAUAAUUCCAGAUGGUUAUAUUCUUGGUGUAUAUCGAUUCCCACGUGGCCGAAACGCGUCGACUGCUUUCACAGUAGGUCCGCCUGUUUUUCCGCAACACGGUCUACUCAAUUUGGGAGCAACUUGGGUAAUUAUUUUUCCCGGUCAAAACCUUAGUUUUAUAUUGGCUGCUGCCGAUGACGAUGAAGAAUUCUGGGAUUCCAAUUAUGAUGAAAUGGCUCAUCUUGAUCUACCAUCAAUGAUUUACUUUGUUUUAAAUGCGACGAAGCGAACACAGAUCGGCUAUGUCGGUCAUUCACAAGGUGGAAUGAUUGGUUUUGCUGAAUUCGGUCGUCUGGAAAGUACCAUGAAAAACAAUGUUAGCUUUUGGAUAGUAUUCACUCCUGCAGGUCGUCUCGGAAAUAUCCAGCCGCCGAUUCGAUAG